AUGAGUCCUCCUGCCCCGAUCGCCAUCGUUGGUGUCGGUUGUAGGCUUCCCGGUGGAGCCAACAACUUAGACAAGCUAUGGCAAUUGCUGUCAGAGAGCAGGAAUGGACAGACAGAAAUCCCCAAAGACCGCUGGAACGCAGAAUCGUGGUACGACACUUAUCCAGAUGCGAAACAGUCGAUGGUGACCAAGCAUGGGUAUUUUCUCCAAGAUGACAUUUCUCAGUUUGAUGCCAAGUUCUUCGGCAUCUCCAGUGCUGAAGCGCAUUCAAUGGAUCCGCAACAGCGUCUUUUCCUCAUGACGACGUACGAGGCCCUUGAAGAUGCUGGUAUCCCUGUUGAAACACUUCGCGGUUCCAACACUGGCGUGUAUGCUAGCAUAUUCGAGAGAAGCUACGAUCGCAUGGGACACAAAGACCUGUCUACGAUUGGCAGAACGCACCUGAAUGGAACGGGCGAGUCUAUCCUCUCAAACCGGGUUUCGUACUGUUUCGACCUUCGAGGUCCCUGCAUGACGAUCGACACUGGCUGCUCUGGAAGUCUUGUGGGCUUGCAUCAAGCAUGCCACAGUCUUCGACUGGGAGAAUCGAAUCUCGCCUUGGUUGGUGGCUCACAACUCGUGAUUCAGCCAGACGUUUUAAGCAUUAUGAGUGGCAUGGGAAUGCUCAACCCAGAUGGAAAGUCGUAUGCAUUUGACUCAAGGGGUGCUGGUUAUGGGCGUGGUGAGGGCGUUGCCACAAUAGUCUUGAAGCGUUUGGACGAAGCUCUUCAGGAUAGUGACCGGGUACACGCCAUCAUUGCCAACUCGGGCAUGAAUCAAGACGGAAAAACCCCCGGUCUCAAUACCCCAAGCAGCGAGGCGCAGGCUGCGCUUUCACUCCGUGUAUACCAAGAGGCUGGACUGAAUCCUGCCCAUACGUCAUUCGUCGAGGCUCACGGCACUGGAACUCAAGCAGGCGACCGCGAGGAAAUAGCGUCGAUAUCCAAGGUCUUCUGCGAAGACUCUGGUAGGACAGAUGACCUUUAUCUCGGUUCGGUCAAAACCAACAUAGGCCACCUUGAGGCUACGUCUGGUAUUGCCGGUUUGCUGAAAUCCAUACUUAUCCUCAAGCAUGGCCAGAUUCCUGCCAACCUUAACUUUGUGGAACCGAAGCCUUCUAUAAAGCUCUAUGAAAAGAAGAUAAAGAUUCCCAAUCAGCUUAUCAAGCUACCAACACAGGAAAAUGGUCCUUCUCGAGUUUCAGUGAACUCAUUUGGGUACGGAGGAACAAACUGUCACGUCAUCCUUGAAGCUCCAAUCGCAAAACGCCAGCUCAAUGGGAACGAAAAUGGGGCAUCUUAUCAUAACGGUAACGCGAAGUUGCGCAACGGAGCUACGAAUGGAUCAUCCGUCACUGGCUUGGCUUCCUCAAACGGGUCCUCAACUACCGAUAAUCUCCCAUCUUACGAUGAGUAUACUCCGCAGCUUUUCAUUCUGAGUGCUUCAACCGAGAAGGCCUUAUCAUCAGUCUCAGAGAAUAUCAAGCAGUGGGCGAGUACCCACCCGCUCAAACCUCAGACUCUUCGCAGUCUUUCCUACACACUAGGUGUUCACAAGUCGGGCCUUUCAUUCCGGAGAGCUAUCGUCGCGUCAACAUCCACAGAGCUACUGGAAGAGUUAGAUCAGAGAAUUCAUUCAAAGCGAGCCAGUGCCACCGUGCCACUCAGUUUUGUCUUCUCCGGACAAGGUGCGCAAUGGCAUGCGAUGGGUCGUGAGCUUAUUACCUCGUCACGAUGCUUCCGACAAUCAAUAUGCGCUAUGGAUGAUACCAUUCGACACGAAGGAGGCUCGUGGAGUCUUAUUGACGAGCUAUCCAAAGAAGAGAGCGAGUCGCGGAUUGGCGAGGCUGAGAUAUCCCAGCCCGCCACGACGGCAAUACAAAUUGCCCUUGUGGACUUGCUGGAGAGCUUUUCUAUGAGGCCCAGUCGGGUUAUUGGUCAUAGCUCUGGUGAAGUAGCGGCUGCCUAUGCUGCCGGUGCUUUAAGCAGAGAAAAUGCAAUCCUUGUUGCCUAUCACCGUGGUGUCGCAUCCUCGAAAGCCAAGGCAGUGGCUGAAGUGCCUGGCUCAAUGAUGGCAGUCUCUCUUGGAGAAGCGGAAGUGCAGCGAUACAUUGAGCAGGUCACAACUGGAAGUGUCAGCGUGGCCUGUGUGAACAGCCCAGCUAGUAGCACAAUCUCUGGUGACUUGGAUGCCAUUGAAGAACUCAAGUCAUUACUUGACGCCGAGGGGCUCUUUGCCAGGAAGCUCAAGGUCGAUACUGCAUAUCACUCGCAGCAUAUGAGGCGAGUCGCUCAGGAUUACCACGAAGCGAUGCGAAACAUCGAGUCCUCUGCCGUACGGGACGGUGUCAUCUUUUACUCCAGCGUUACCGGUAAAACCAAGUCAACAGCAUUCGGAGCUGACUAUUGGACUGAGAAUCUGGUAUCACAAGUCAAGUUCAGUCAGGCUUUGGCUUUGCUGCGGGAUGACCAGUUGAGAAACGAACCGGGGAUGGACAUAAGCGUCAUUGUUGAAAUUGGCCCUCAUUCAGCUUUGGCAGGGCCUUCCCGUCAAACUCUUACACAUAAUGGCGGCAAAACGUUCAAAUUCGAAUACCUCUCUGCCCUUGUACGCCACAAAAACGCUGCACAGACAGUCCUGUCCCUUACUGGCAAGACUUUCGAGCUGGGCCUCAAGGUCGAUUUGGGAGCUGUACUUAAGAUGACUGAUAAGACAGAGCCUGAGAUUGUCAGAGAUCUCCAAUCAUACCCGUGGGAUCUGUCACCAUUUUGGCACGAAUCUCGACUCAGCAAGGCCCACCGCUUUCGGAAGUUUGCACCGCAUGAUCUCCUCGGUCUACUCGACCCAGCGAGCAGCAUUCACGAACCUCGAUGGAGAUACCAUAUCAACCUGGACGCUUUGCCGUGGUUACGCGAUCAUGUAGUUGAGGGCUUCACACUGUAUCCCGGCGCAGGCUACCUCACCAUGGCUAUCGAGGCAAUGAAGCAGCUUGUGCAGUUGCGGGAUGCUCCACAGCCAAUCUCGAAAUUCAUCCUUCGUGGCGUAGUCAUUUCGAAGUCCAUUGUUCUCAGCGAGUCAGACAAUGACGAGGAGUCUGGUGAAGUCGAGGUUCAACUGAGUAUGUCCAGCUCACGUCAAUAUGAAGGGAGUCACUGGGAGUCGUUCCGGAUUUGGUCAUAUGACAAUGCAAAUGGGUCAUGGACCGAACAUUGCUCCGGCGAGAUCUCGGUCGAGUACGAGAUGACUGAAAUUGAUGAGGUUAACGGAACGCGAGAAGCAGACUUGCGCAAAGAAGAGUCAAUGCAGCUCCUCGACGAAGCGAGAAAGAGUUGCAACAUGGAGAUGACCAAGACCGAGUUCUAUGAGUUUGCUAAGCUUACUGGCAACCAAUGGGACGGUGCCUUCAGUCCUAUUGACUCUCUGAAAUACGGCAACAAACAAGGUCUUCUCGACAUAAUCAUCCCAGACGUGGCUACCUUGAUGCCAUAUCGCUCUUUCCGACCUCAUGUCAUUCACCCAAUCACCCUUGAUGCUGUUCAUCAACUCAGCGGCAUGCUCUUCAAGAAAUUCGUCUCUAACGCUCCUUGCGUACCUACCAAGAUAACUCUCCUCGAGAUCGAUGCCAAUAUUUCGACAAGAGCAGGCGAUAGCCUCACUGCCGCCAUGCAGAUCGAACCUGAUGGCUUGAAGGCUUCUUCGGGUCAGUCUUGGGUAUUCCAACGAGAGGUCGAUGGGCAGCUCAGGCCCGUCAUCAAGCUUUUGGUCAACCUCAGGGCAAUUGGCGAGGCGCACCAAGAUGAGAACCGACCCUUCGUUCAGGAUAAGGUGAACCGGCUAGAGUGGAAUCUGGAUGCAGAUUUCAUGACAGAACCAUCAUUCUCCCACUUUCUCUCUACCACAAUGGGAUUGGAUGAGAACAUGACAUAUAACUAUGAGGGCAGCAAGGUUUCUGCUGUGGAAGCUGAGGAGAGUUUCCGCACAGCUGACCAAGCAGCAUCCAUCUGGAUUCGAGAUGCACUGACCUAUGUCGAAGCUAACAAGGUGGAGAUCACUAGCCCUCAUCUCGUCAAGUAUCUCGGAUGGAUGAACAAAUGGGUCAACUCUGACUAUUAUGAGCAGAUCAUGUCAGGCUUGAGUUUAGAGGACGAAGUUGACAUACUGAAACGCAUUGAUUCCUUAACCGAUGCACCGGAGCUACAACUGCUGGCACGUGUUGGGAGGGCCCUUCCCAGAAUCUUGAACGGUGCACUCGAUUCAUUGAGUGUCAUGCUCGAGGGUAACCUUCUGAUACGGGCAUACGAGGGUGGAACUUUCAGUGGCGACUAUGAGGCUGCAGUCGCAUAUCUUCGACUUCUCACUUUCAAGAAUCCGCGUCUUCGCUUUUUGGAGAUUGGCGCCGGAACGGGAGGCUGCACGAAGCGAGUUCUCGGUGGAAUUGCUGGUCAUGGUCUUCCCAUCGAGCAGUACACUUACACAGAUAUAUCAAGCGGCUUUUUUGAAGAGGCCCGCGCGACAUUCGCCGACUGGGAGUCGUACAUGGACUUCAAGACGCUGGAUGUCGAACGGGAUCCACUCAAACAGGGCUUUCAGCCGGAAUCAUAUGACGUUAUCGUGGCAUCCAAUGUUCUGCAUGCGACGAAGCAGAUGGAUGUUACGAUGGGACAUGUGCGAAAGCUUCUCCGACCAGGUGGAAGCCUCAUCCUCGUGGAGAACUCGCCGAAAGGGGCAGUGAUUGGUCUCAUUUUUGGCACACUAUCAGGAUGGUGGGCUCAUGAGGACGAAUUCCGAGACGACACUGCUCUCAUGUACAGAGAGCAGUGGGACACUAUACUAUCGAGGAACGGCUUCGGAGGCAUCCAUGUUGCGCGCAACAGCAUGAUGGUUUCAAAAGCUGUGCCCAUCUUGACCAACGGACACGCUGUUGGAAGCAACCAGGUUGUUCUUAUCAGCGAUGCUCCCAAUGAUGAAACUCUUGAGACUUUAAAGAAUAUCGAGCCUACCUCAACCAAAGUUAUAAGCAGUUGGGAUCGAUUGGACAUCAGUGAGGAUACGGUCUACCUGGUCAUUGAUCGCGCUGAGACACCUUUACUUCUCGACCCCGAACCUCGGCUAUUCACAACCCUCAAUGCUCUUCUUGCUUCGAAAGCCAAGAUCCUUUGGGUCGUCAUUCAAGCUGCUGCCGACCCUGUGUCUACAGCAUACAAGGGCGUAGUCAGUGCAACCAUACGAGUCCUGCGUCGUGAAAGUGGCAACAAUGGGUUUGUCAACCUUGACAUCCGGGAUCCUGUCUGCGACCCGAAGGUGAUCGGGCAGGCGGUGGCUGAGAUCCUAGGAAAGUCCUUCUGGCCAACGACUCACUCUCAAAAGUCUAUUGAGCCUGAGUUCGCGUUCGAGAAUGGCCGAAUCUCAAUUCCUCGGGUAGUCCCAGACGCAACGUUCUUGAAGUGGGCUCGUAGUAGCUGGGAUGCCGUCACUGAUGUCGAGACAGAGACUUCCCUUCAUCAAGGUGACCGGGCCCUCAAACUUGAAGCCGCUACUCCCGGCCUGCUGAGCUCCCUCCGAUUCGUAGAUUUUGACACGUCAACCGACCUAGAAGCUGGCCAGAUUAAGGUCAAACCCGAGGCCUACGGUCUUAACUACAAGGAUCUUUGCGUGGCCUUGGGACAAGCAGAGUCUGAUGCGGAAAUGGUAGGCGAAUUUGCCGGUGUUGUUACAGCCGUCAGCGAGGAUAUGGGGGACUUGUUCCAGGUCGGAGACAGUGUCAUGGGCUUUGGCGCUCAGCCGUACAGCAAUCUGUCGCGCGUCAACGGGUACCAUGUUCACAAAAUACCGAGCGGGAUGAGUAACACUACUGCAGCAUCAAUAGGCUAUGCAUACACUGCGGCAUAUCAAUGCAUUAGGAACCUGGCUCGCCUGGAGGAGGGUCAGGCCAUUCUCAUCCAUUCUGCGUCUGGAGCUGUUGGUCAAGCGGCGAUCCAACUUGCGCAAUCCGUCGGGGCAGAGAUCUUCUGUACAGUUGGAAACCGCGAGAAACGGCAGUUUCUUGUAAAUCGCUACGGCAUCCCGGUAAGCCACAUCUAUUCUAGUCAGUCCGGUUCAUUCAAGCACAGCAUCAUGCAUCUUACCCGCGGUGAGGGUGUGGACGUUGUGCUCAACACAUCAAUCGGAGAGAUGCUGAGGGAAAGCCUCGACUGCGUCAAACCGUUGGGUGUUUUUAUUGAACUGGGAAGGUCUGAGAUGCAAAGAGACUCUUGUCUGAGCAUGGCCGCAUUCGAGAGGUCUAUCACGUUCAUCGCUUUUGACCUCGUAACUCUGGCCAGACGAAGGCCUAAGCAGAUAUACCAAGUACUUGGUGAGAUCAUGCAACUCAUUGAGUCAGGCGUACUUUUUCCUGUGGAGCCAAUCAACCUGUAUCUCAUCGAGCAGAUCGAGGAUGCGUUCCGAGCUAUGGGUGCAAGAAAGCACAUAGGAAAGGUUGUUUUGCAGACGCACCCUACAUCAGUUGUCAAAUGUCUACCAGCAAAGCCCAGACCUCUAAGACUGCGGAAGGAUGGUACUUACAUUGUAGCAGGAGGACUGGGCGACCUACCUUCACGAAUCUGUCGCUUUUUUGCUGCCCGUGGAGCUGGUCAUAUCGUCUCCCUCUCUCGACGUACCAUCGACGAUGAGACGAGACGUAAACACAUGGAAGCUGUGGAAGUACAUGGGGCAAAGCUUCAUCUAAUCAAGUGCGAUAUCACCAAUGAGGAGCAUAUGAAGGAAGCUGUCUCAUUUUGCAGUGCGCUACCCCCUGUUAGAGGAGUUGUACAGGGCGCUUUGGCAUUGAGGGACCGAACAUUCUCCCAAAUGACUGUUGACGAAUGGAAGCAGCCACUCCAACCGAAGAUCUUUGGAACGAUCAACCUUGACAAAUAUUUCGCCAGCCCAGACUUGGCCUUCUUUGUGGCGUUGUCAUCUAUCGUAUCUGUGAUCGGAAAGUCUGGUCAGUCUAACUACGCAGCUGGUAAUGGCUUCCAAGACGCGUUUGCACGUGCUCAUGCCGACCACCCUCAUACCCAGUAUGUUUCGCUCAACAUUGGCGCUGUGUCGAUUGAUGCGCACGGCGCGUUGGAGGCAUCCCAAAACGAGACAGCAAUCAGUACUAUCAGAGCUAGUCUUCGGCAAAACAGUGUCAUGGACAUCUCUUUUGACGAGUUCUUCGCGAACUUUGAAUACAUCAUGACCAACGCUGCUAGGAAAGAUGGCCUUCACCAAUCGAUCCAAGCAGUAACGCGCCAAUCAAUGAUGGAAGCCAACGACGAGUAUUUGCUUGACAAUCCUGUCUUCAGUCAACUGCCAAAUACAUCGGAGAAAAAGGCCAGUGGCGGUGCCAAGGCCAACAAGAUCGACUUUGCAGAGGCACUGGCUGGUGUCAGGACCAUGGCUGAGGCCGAGGAGCUAAUUCAAGAUGCGACACUCGCCAAAUUUGCUGUUUUCCUCGAUCGACCUGUAGACGAGAUUCGUGUGGAUCAGUCUCUGGCAACGAUUGGGCUCGAUUCUCUUGUCAGCAUUGAGUUGAAGAAUUGGAUGGUGCGCACUUUCCAAGUGAACCUCCAGACUUCGGAAUUGAGUGGUGCUGGCAGCAUCACCGCCCUCAGUACCACAGUUGCCUUGCGAUCUAAGCUGCUUCGUGAUGAGGUCCGUCAAUCGUGCUCCAAAGGCAGUGAACCUGAAGUCCAAGAAGCACAGUCAGAAUCUACAAGCAAGGAGGCUCAAAGUAACCAUGACUUCUAUUGUUGCCGAACCUGCAAGGAUCUACCGAGAUAUCCACUCGUUGAUUUGGAUGAGGCCAUUGACGACCUUCUCAACAGCGUUGGUCACUUCGCUCACACACGAGAAGAAUACUCUGAGCUCAGUCGGAAAGCCCAUGCCCUCGCGGCACCGGGUGGUCUUGGUCGCAGGCUCUACAACAAGCUACGCGUCAAGGCUGAUGAUCCCAAUGUGGAAAGCUGGAUCGCAGACCUGCUCCUCAAAGCUUUGCAUCUUAAGCGCCGCUAUCCAUUAGCACCCUUUGGCAAUUUCUUGGGUACGCACUUCGACAGCCGGAUUCCCCAUACUCAGGCAGAGCGGGCGGCUGUUCUGACAACGGCGCUGUGCGAAUUUAAGGCGGACCGUGACGCUGGCAGGCUGGAACCCGAUUUCCUGGGCACCAGGGCCAACUGUGGGCACUCUUUAUCCUGGCUGUUCAAUGCUGUAAGAGAGCCCAACGUGGACUGUGACAAGAUGAUGAAGUAUCCCGGCAAUGAGUACGUUGCUGUGUUGCGAAGAGGACAUCUUUUCAAAGUCUCUCUGAAGCAACAAGGCAUGACGGUAUCAUAUGAAAUGCUCAAGGCAACGUACAAGUCAAUUCUCGAUUUGGACCUGACGGACAAAUGUUGGGCUGGCAUAUUAACCACUGACAAUCGCGAUUCUUGGGGAUCAAACCGACAGAGAUUGCUUUCAAUCACCAGCGCAAACGCAGUUUAUCUCGAAACAAUUGAAGCGUCUGUAUUCGUCAUGUGUCUCGACGACGACAGCCCCGUUACACGCGCAGACCGAGUCCGCUCUGGUUACAUCGGCGACUCGUUCAACCGUUGGCACGAUAAAUGCACACAGAUUAUCGUCUCAGCCAAUGGGCGCUCGGCAACCAUCUUUGAGCACUCUAUGAUUGAUCUGAUGACGGUUUCUCAGCUGUCUCAAAGACUGCAAAACGCCAUCACCACGCUUGAUCCUAAGAAUGCCGCGGAAACCGUUUCUGUUGAUCCGGAUAGUCUCAACGAGAUACCCUUGGCGACAGCAGAAGAUAUCGAUAGUCGCAUCGAGGUACUCCGUAAAGAUUACCUUGCCAUUACCUCCGCAAAGCAAUAUGUCCCGCAUCUCAUCAACUCGUUUGGCAAAACGCUCAUGCUUAGUAAUUCGGCACCUAUCAAGGCAACUGUCGACCUGACGAUCCAGCUGGCCAGUCGAUUAUACUUUGGUCACCUUCCAGCCAGUUGGGAAACAGUAUCCACGGCGCAUUUCCACCUUGGCAGACCAGAGAUUGUGCAGGUGGUUCUCAAGUCUGUCAUGGACUUUUGCGACGCCGCUCUUGACGAAGCUGUACCUCGCUACGAGGCACGGGCCAGACUCCUAGAAGCGGCGCGACAGUGCAAUGCGCAAAUCAUCAAAGGUACCGAGGGUCGCAACUACUUUAGACUCAUGGACGUGAUUGAGGUUAUGUCUCAGGAUCAAAAUGACGAUGAGAUCCCAGAACUCUUCUCUGAUCCAGUUUGGAAGAGAGGUUAUCCGCAAUUGAUAAUGCAGACCAUGGUGGAAACAAAGCUAGCCGAGGAUCCUGGCUUCACCAUGCCGCACCCAGAGUCUGUAUGGAUGAACUAUACUGUGUUUGAUGAUUCGGUUGAAGUCUGUUUUCCCGCAGCUCCACAGAUACCAGCAGAAAUGGCAUCCUUUUCGGCACUUUCGCAGACCCUUGGUGGGAUUACACGCACUAAGAUCAAUGAAUUAGAAAAGCAGCGCACCAUCCACGAAGCAAGAAAGGAUAAAAUCUUAGAAAGUGCUGAUCAAGAAAAAGAUCAGCUUGCAAGAAUUAACCUUCUCCUCAAGGGGGUCCGGAGUCUUAACGCUGAGGCGUUUCAGAGUCCUGCAGUAAAGAACAUCAAGCACUGGCUGACUCAGUCAAAAUAUGAUGUGUCUGUACCGAGCGACUUUAUGCAAGCCCAUGAAGACCUUCUUCGGUCGCACCUGGAAGUACCAAGUCGGAAACUAGCACUGGGCCAUCUCUACGCUCGGUUGAUAACGGAAUGGAUGACUGCCUCCGUUAGCGGCGGCUCAUCUUCGGAGGAGGAGUCCUUUGAGGUAUUGGAUCGACAGAAGGAGAGGCUACAGGAGCUGUGCGACAAGUUUGAGCAGGUGGUUUUCGACCCAUUGGAGACCGAUGAAGUUGAGAUUGAUCUCUACCUCAAUGAGCUUUUCAAGGGAGAAGAUGAGGAGAGUGCCAAGUCACUCAAAGCUCUUAGAAAAACUAUCGGAGACUCUUGCCGACAGAUCUUUGGCGAAAAGGCACCAUUUGACUCUACAACACUCAAGUGGUGCAUCAAUGGGCUUCUCGCCGAGGAUCUGCUGAGCGACCAGAAACAGGCGAUUCUUCGUGACUUUCUCGAGCAACCGGUGGUUUUGGGAGAGAUAGCCGAUGUUCUGAAUAUGCGAUUUUCCAAUAUUGACAGCUGGGAAUGGGAUGCUGGCGAACAUGGCAUUCCUGUUCUACCAAGACAGCAACUUAACGGCAAAUACAGAAUAUGGAUGGACGAGGAUGUUUUGCAAGCGAUCCUCAUCCACUAUAUUGGUAUUCAGUGCUGCGUUGCUCUCAAAGCGGCGCUGAAUAGCUUCAUUCUCCAGGAUGAUACGUUCUUCAAAUGGCACACCGGAUCAGAGCCUAGUCACGAUGAGAAGCUGCGCCGCACCUACUACCUGUCCUCUGGAGCCACUGCGACUUCGAAUGUCAAGAACGAGAGAAGGUGGCAGUAUAUAAAUAGGUUCUUCAUGUCCCAACUGCCGGAGAGUGUUGAGACAAUUGGAUCCAGUGGUUAUACCGAUCCAACGGACGGGCAAGAGAACUCCAAGAAGCCCAACAUUAAACAGCGCCUGCUACAAACACUCGCAACGGAGACUACCAUACACAAAACAUUGAGGGGUGAAGUGGCAUUAGUACAGACUGACCUGGAGUGGUUCGCUACGGGCCUGUCUCACACUACUAUCUUUGGCGUGAUGCGAUUCUUUGGCUACACAGAAGAUGCCAUCUCCUUCUUCAAGAAGGUCCUUCAAGCGCCUCUCAACGUGCAAUCAUCUCCAGACUCUCCGUUGACGGGCAGCCCCAAAGUGCGCCGCCGUGGUGUGCCCAUGGCUCAUGCUCCCGAGAAGCUGCUUGGCGAGCUUGUUCUCUUUGUCAUGGAUGUUGUUGUCAACCAACAGGAUGGCAUGUUGCUUUAUCGACUCCACGACGACCUUUGGCUUUGUGGUGAGCCACUUCAUUGCAAGAGGGCUUGGACUGCUAUGAAUAAAUAUGCCAACAUCCUUGGUCUCACAUUCAAUCGGAGUAAAACCGGCUCCGUGUACAUCUCAGGAAAGGGCAGCCAAAGAGACGAUGAUGUUGCAAACAAUUUGCCAGAGGGUCCAGUUAAAGUUGGACAUCUGUCACUUGAUCCUCAAUCAGGAAUUUGGAAUAUCGACCGCGAAGAAGUCGACCGACAUUUGAGGCAGCUUAAGAAACAGUUGAAUGGAUGCAAAAGCGUGCUGGAGUGGGUGCAAACCUGGAACAGCUGUAUGGGGCGGUUUUUUAGCCAUACCUUCGGCGAACCAGCGCACUGUUUUGGCCUGCGCCAUGUUGAUAGUAUCCUUGAGACCUACCAGGAGAUGCAACAAUUCCUUUUCGACGCGACAUCGAAUUCCACACAAAAGAGCCAUGGGGCCGUCGACCACGUUAAGCGUAUGAUAAAAGAGCGUUUUGGUGCAGAUGUACCUGAUGCCUUUGUCCACCUGCCAGAGCGUCUGGGCGGACUCGGUCUAAGAAAUCCCUUCGUGCCUAUACUGACGAUUCGGGAGAGCAUUGCAAAGAAAUCUCCCGAUUCAAUUAUCCAAGACUUCUUUAAUGCGGAAAACGAAAGAUACAAACGGUACAUGAAGUCCUUCGAUGGCCUGGAAAAUGUGGACAGCCGCAUCAAUGCAGCUGUCAAUGCGUCAUGGAGUAUCGGAACUGUCGGCCCUGAAGCCUUUAAGAACCUUCUAACGGCUGAAGAACUCGAAAGCUUCUUCAGCAUUGAAGAGUUCGCGAAGCACAGGGAGCUUACGAGCAGUGCCUUGCAGCAGGCAUACUUGGCCCUGCAGGCCAUUCCAUUUGCCAUUAACCCGGAGAUGGACCCUGACGUUUCGCAGGCUCUGAAUAGCGAACUGGGAGUCGCGACGAAUGAUACAGAUAGUAAGACAAAAGAGGCUCAAUGGGCAUUGCAAAUGUAUCGGGAUGUAUUGCGCCGCGACUAUGGAGGCUUGCGUCUUGUAAACAAAGAACACCUUCCACUGGGCGUAUUAACACUGCUGCGGAGUAGAGCAGUUACAUGGACAACGGUUCUAUAG